AUGCCACCCCUCCUCAAAACAUACUUCAACCCCUCGCACCGCUCCUUCCUCCAAACGCUCUUCACAGCGACCUUCCUAGGAUCCGUAUUGAUCGUCGCCUUCCCCUGCCCAGUCCGUCCGAUCGAGGGUGGGUUUCACAAGGUGGUCAACCAGGAUGGGGACGAGGGCGGGUCUGCUCAAGGCUCGAACUCGAAGUCGAUGAAGCUGGAAAACAAGGACGGGAGAAUAGAGGGUAGGGGGAAGAAGGUGGACGUGGUCGUCAUGCUUAACGAACGAGGGAGGUCGAGAGGAGGUCGAGCGUUGUUCAUGGAGGAGGAUUAA